AUGGCUGGACGCUGGGUGUUCCCACGCACGAAGAAUCCGCGGAGGUUUGCGUGGUCGUUGAGGCUGGAACUGCUGGAUGGCACGCAGCGGCUGAGGCUCCGAACUGCUGAGAGCGCUGGUCAACUGGCAUUCUUAACGGGGACACUGGACUUCCCAUAG